ACAGUCUACGCGUGCGUCUCUGUGGCGUCUUUCUCCCGCGCCAGCACGAAUCGAGGUUUUGUGUGGCAGCAGCGCAGUCGUGGGCCGCAGCGUCUCUCAUUUGAACGCCGCGAGCGGCAGCUUCUCGUCUGUGUCCUGACCUCGAAGCCUAAGAGCAAAGCGGCGAGAUGACGGAUCGGUACACCAUCCACAGCCAGCUGGAGCACCUGCAGUCCAAGUACAUCGGCACGGGCCACGCCGACACCACCAAGUGGGAAUGGCUUGUGAACCAGCACCGGGAUUCCUACUGCUCUUACAUGGGUCACUUCGACCUCCUCAACUACUUCGCCAUUGCUGAGAAUGAAAGCAAAGCGCGCGUGCGCUUCAACCUGAUGGAGAAAAUGCUGCAGCCCAGCGGGCCGCCGGCGGACAAGCCCGAGGAGAACUGAGGCGAGCACUUCCCAGUCUUCCCCGUCUGCCAGCUGUGGACCGAUCCUCCUUACUCUUGCUUCUUGACCAUUCUGUCUCGCCUGACCUGCAUACCUGUGGACGAUUCCGAACAAGUCAUCGAGAGACUGUCGGGUACCCUGGGAACUGUGCAGAAGGAGUGAUCCCAGAAUCGGCAAGCGAGGGAGACGACUGCAUGGGAGUGAUGACGCUUUUCGAGUCUGCUUUUCGAUAGUUGAUGUCUUCUUGCCUUCUUCUUCUUUUUUUUUUUUUUUUAAAGUAAAGUUUAGGAUUUG